AGAUCGGCUAAAUUGCAGGUACUCUGUCCUGUCCUCUGGAAGACAUUUGGAGCUGAAGUUUCUCGGACUGUGGGUCGGUUGAGGGAAAAAUUGACAUCUGACUCAACACAAUGGCAGCGCUUGUCCUCCGGUCACUCUUAAAUUACAAGAUAAAACUGGCUCCUCUGCAGCUCGGUCGCAUGUGCUACUCCUCUUCCUCAGUGCCAACAACCAAACUAUUUAUUGAUGGCAAGUUUGUUGAGUCCAGCUCGUCUGAGUGGCUGGACAUCCACAACCCUGCCACUAAUGAAGUGGUGGGACGUGUUCCCAAAGCCACUCAGGAGGAGAUGCUGGCAGCUGUGGAUUCCUGCUCCAGAGCUUUCCGCUCGUGGUCGGAGACCUCCAUCCUCAGCAGGCAGCAGAUCUUCCUGCGCUACCAGCAGCUUAUCAAGGAUAACAUCAAAGAACUGGCAAAAAUGAUCACCUUGGAGCAGGGCAAGACGCUUGCUGAUGCAGAGGGAGACGUGUUUAGAGGACUCCAGGUUGUGGAGCACACCUGCAGCAUCACCUCCCUCAUGCUCGGCGAAACCUUACCUUCCAUCACCAAGGACAUGGACACGUACACGUACCGCCUGCCCCUCGGAGUCUGCGCCGGCAUCGCCCCCUUCAACUUCCCUGCGAUGAUUCCUCUGUGGAUGUUCCCUGUCGGGAUGGUGUGCGGCAACACGUAUUUAAUGAAGCCAUCUGAGCGCGUCCCAGGCUGCACCAUGCUCCUGGCCAAAUUGCUCCAGGAUGCGGGGGCACCAGAUGGUGCUCUAAAUAUCAUCCACGGGCAGCAUGCAGCUGUGAAUUUUAUCUGUGACCAUCCGGCCAUCAAAGCCAUCAGCUUCGUGGGAUCCAACCAAGCAGGAGAGUACAUCUAUGAGCGGGGCUCCAAGAAUGGAAAGAGGGUGCAGUCCAACAUGGGCGCCAAGAACCACGGUGUGGUGAUGCCUGACGCCAACAAAGAGAACACGAUCAACCAGCUGGUGGGGGCUGCUUUUGGAGCAGCUGGUCAGCGAUGCAUGGCUCUCUCUACUGCUAUUUUUGUUGGGGAGUCUCGUGACUGGCUCCCAGAGCUGGUAGAGCGCUCCAGAUCGCUGCGCGUAAAUGCAGGUGAUCAGCCCGGGGCUGACGUGGGCCCCCUGAUCUCCCCUGAAGCAAAGGCCAGGGUGGAGUAUUUGGUCCAGUGCGGAGUGGAUGAAGGUGCCAGGCUGCUGCUGGAUGGGAGGAACGUUCACGUCAGAGGAUAUGAAAAUGGGAACUUUGUUGGACCGACGAUCUUAAGCAACGUAACGCCGGACAUGAAAUGCUACAAGGAGGAGAUCUUUGGGCCGGUGCUCAUAGUCCUGGAAGCAGACACCUUAGAUGAAGCCAUAUCUCUGAUCAACAGAAACCCUUAUGGCAACGGCACAGCCAUCUUCACUACCAAUGGAGCCACGGCACGCAAAUACACACAUGAAGUGGAUGUUGGGCAGAUUGGGGUGAAUGUACCCAUCCCCGUCCCUCUGCCCAUGUUCUCCUUCACUGGCUCCAGAGGCUCUUUCAGAGGAGAUACCAACUUCUAUGGCAAGCAGGGUAUUCAGUUCUUCACUCAGAUCAAGACUGUGACGUCUCAAUGGAAGGCAGAAGAUGCCACCGUAACGAGCCCAGCUGUCACCAUGCCAACCAUGGGACGCUAAGCUAAAGAGACAGUUAAUGCCUCACUGACUGCUUGCCUGCCUCAACAAGAAGCCCCAGAAGAGUUCAGGAAACGGUUAUCGUCAACUUUCCCUUUUUACUGUUUGGAAAAAUGAAACCCUUUUCUUUUUUUUAGACGAGGAUUAUUUGAAAUGUGAAAGUUGUUGAAUAACAACAAAUUACAGCCAUGUUUUCUUUGUAUAGGGAGCACAUAAGCACGGGAUGUUUCUGAGACCAUCUUCAGGCGUUAUAUUCCCCACCUGUUUUCUUGCAGGUCCUGAAUAGACCUGGGGGAUGGUGACUUAAUCACGGUCAGUCAGUUUUAUAGUCCACUGAGAGCUCUGGCAUCAAAUUAUUCCACAAGGAGAGAAAUUCUGUUCCUGAGCUGCCAAACAAUGAUCUACUAGAAUUUUUGCACGCAGGGUUAUGAACAAGCAGUUUUAUUUAUCCGAUGUUAGGGCAGUUGAUUUGUGAAUCGAGCUGUUACACACAAACACGAACAAAGCUGCUGAUUUACUUCAUCAACAUUUAAACACUCUACUUUUUCUAUUGUAAGUGUUUAUGAUUGCACUACAUACUGUCUUGUGUUGUGGGUUUGACUAGCAUUACUGUCAGAUUCAGUUUGGAGCCUUAAUGGUGUUGAGGUUGGAUUAGAUUGCUGUGCAUGAUCUCAUGAACUUGAGUCAUAGGUUUCUACAUCAGCCUGUGUGAUAAAAUAUCUGAGAUGAAACUGUUAAUACUGAUAAUGCUGCAGUAUUUGAAAUCAGAGCAUUAAUCAUGUUGCCGCUUUAAACCUUGUACCCUCGAUUCGAUUUGAGUUUAUUAGAGAAAACAUUAAGAGCACUGUGAGCUGUGGUAAUAAAAAGUCAUUUGAGUGAAGUGAACAUUGA